AUGGGCGCUCGACCCAAGCGCGAUGCCAGUUAUGCUUCAAAUCGCUUAACGACACGCAAUGGCCCGGGAACGCACCUAUUGUCGAGUUUCAACAAGCCUAAUUCCCCCGAAGACGCCGAGUUAGAUGUUGAACCUAGUAUCGAGAAACCCAUGCAACGAUACGAACCCGCGAUAGAUGACGCGCCACUUAGCUCCGAGGAUGAAGAGGAAGCCAAUGACAGCGAUGCCUCUCAAAGCUGUAGAAAUGACCGAACCAACACAACAAUGGAGCAGAGGCUGGCGGAUGACUAUGUGAUUUCGCAGGGUAGUCCGCAGAACUAUAAUAAUGGCUCAUCCCGCAAGGGUGGGCUUGCGCGGACUACCAGUGGGGCCAUGAGCGACGAGGAUAACAAUCCGCAUUUCAUGUCUUCGCAGAGUUCAAAGCGCAAGCGGGCCACGUACGCGAAACCACUUUCAAGGGUCCCAAGCGUGAGUAGGCAGCCAGCUGCGACUGUGAAAUCCUCGCUGGCCAGGAAAAAGGCACCGAAGUCUAGUGCGGAACAACCAGACAACGCAUAUGAAUCACAAGAAGAACCAGAAGUGACGUUUAAGAUGCCGAAGGAUUUGCCAUCUUCGAGUCCUAGGAGAUCUUUUGCUGGCAGAGGGAAGAAUGGAGACUCGAAAAGCAUGCCUCCUAACACCUUACCCAACGACUCUUUCUCCGCCUCUUCCCUUGGCACUUCAUCGUCCAAAGACCUGCAGCAGAUACUGCUAGACAGCGACUCGUCCCUGAGCAGCUUGCCCACCUCACCAUCUGGUUCUGUUUUCGAUGAAAUGUCAUUACUCGAGGACCAAGAAGAAUCACCUCCUCGAAAAGCCCUUUGUCCAAUGUGUAAAGGAGAAGUUGAACGGGAGAUUCUAGAGCUGUUCGAAGCACAGCCGAAACAACGUAUCCGUGAACAGCAGCAAUUCUGCGCAUCCCACCAGGAGCGCAGUGCGAUGAGAGAAUGGGAAACGAAAGGAUACCCCGAAAUCGAUUGGGGCGCGUUCGACGAGCGGCUUCAGAGCCAUUUCCCCGAAUUGGAAAAGCUACUUGUUCCGGAUGCUUCGUGUUAUUAUCGGAAUAUUCUUGACACCAGCAUGAAAUCUGGACAGGCAAAGAACUUCCGUCUAACCUUGGAUGGUGAUGGACUUGAAACGAUCACUUGUGGUUAUUAUGGGACGAAAGGAGCAGGUAAAAUGUUACAAGCUGUGAUUGAUCGAUUCUCUUUGCGACUCCGUCGUCUGGCUACGUCGGAUCAUAUCGCCAAGACUGCCGGUGUGGCUGGCUACGCACAAUCUGUUCUUGUGCCUGAAUUGGCGGUACGAUUAGUGAAAGAGGAUAUGGAUGUCGGUGAUGAGACUGCACGUCAGAUCUUAAGGGAGAGCAUUGAGAUUGGUGAGAGACUGAACCCAGCGCUGAAUGAUGUGGUGCCCAUUCCGGGUGAUUUUGAGGUUUAA